AUGGAUAACUCGAACCCUGCAAAGCUCAACACACGCAGCGCCGUUGACUUUGCCAGCAACAUCCUCGGUCCGGCACGAGAACGGGAUCGCAUCCUCUUCACUGGCAAGUUCUUCCGAGCAGAGAUCGAAACCGGUGUGGCCGAGCUGGCCGACAAAACGUUCCCCACUCAAGGCGGUGGCAGCGUUGAAGAGAUGACAGCCAUCCAUGACAGGCUCAUGGAUGAGGUCAUCAUCCCCCUCACGGACAAGGCCAUCACUGUGGCCAAAGAGGUGACCUUAGCAAAGGAAGAGCACGCUUACUUCCACAGCAGCCUCCGCAAGAUGUACCUUCAGCCUCCGGGGGACAGGACAACUGGCCCCUUUACCCUGAAGCGGGAGCGCCGCGAGGAGGACCACCUUCCCAAGGUUCACGAGUUCCACUUGACAAUCCGUCAAGACAAUCUUUGUCGUCUGUCGUUCGUAUUGCAAACGCCGGCACGCACGAUUUACGACCCAUGA